AUGGUCCUUUUAAAAAUACUGGCUGCGCUAUCGGUAAUUCAAGCUGCCAAGUCCGAGAGGUGGAACUCUACUACAAGAAAAGAGUUUCCAUUUGUCGUAAAUGUACUGAGACCAGAUCCACAUAGACCAAACAAAUGGCAUAGUUUGUGUCACGGUGCACUUAUUAAGAAAAAUUAUGUGCUAACCACGGCUGGUUGUGUAUUUAAAAAGGAUGAUCAAUACGUCAUCGAGGUCAAUGAGAAAAAAAUUCACACCGACAAAAUUAUCACUCAUGAAAGCUAUCGAGACUCCCUUUAUGCAAACAACUACAUAGCUAUCUUAGAGUUGGCACAAGAGGUGGAACUUGAUGAAUCAGUGAAUGUCGUAAAUUUACCGGAGCCCAAUGAACCUAUUCAUAAAAAUAGGAAAAGUAUUUUGACUCGCAGUCCCCACAAAGGGUCAAAAGGUAAGCCACUGCAAUUCAUGGAGACUCGCAUUACAAACGACAUUUCUUGUGCGAAAAAAUUCAGUGACAGGAAUAAAGGACUACCUCAAUCGCGAUUUUGUAUAGCUGCAGGCACGGAUUACCGCAAAGGUCCCUUGGGCUUACUUUUAGUUCAAAAACAUGAGAGCAAGACCGUGCUAAUUGGCAUCAUUAUUAGGAAGCUGAAUCUUUUCACUCCGAUUUCAUUUUACGUAGAUUGGAUCGACAGUAAAAUCAAUGGUCGUACAAGCACAGUAGACACAAUUCCAACCAGUACUACAAAAAAAUAUGAUGACUACCGUGUGUCUUCAAAUGACAUUAAUCGAGUUUUAUUGAGAUCUGGUGAAUAG